AUUUACACAAGUUUUCUCUUAAUUAGGACAGCUUGAGAGAGAAAUUAAGAUAUGGGGAAGAUGACCAAAUCUGGAGAGAGACCAAAACAGAGACAGAGGAAAGGGUUAUGGUCACCUGAAGAGGACCAGAAGCUCAAGAGCUUCAUCCUCUCUCGUGGCCACGCUUGCUGGACCACUGUUCCUAUCCUCGCUGGAUUGCAAAGAAAUGGGAAAAGCUGUCGACUAAGGUGGAUUAACUACUUAAGACCAGGAUUAAAAAGAGGCACGUUUAGUGCAGAAGAAGAAGAGAUCAUCUUGACCUUACAUUCUUCCUUGGGUAACAAGUGGUCACAAAUUGCAAAAUACCUACCGGGAAGAACAGACAACGAGAUUAAGAACUAUUGGCACUCAUAUCUAAAGAAGAGAUGGCUCAAAUCUCAACCACAACUCAAAACAGAAAGGUCAAACCUAACAGAAUCAUCUUCUUCACCUCUUUCUUGUGGAAAAAUGAAUCCAGAAACCCUAGACCACGUGAUCUCCUUCCAGAAACUUUUAGAGAAACCAUCUUCACCAUCACCACCACCACCAAAAGAAAGCAACCAAAACGUGGAGAACGACAACAACAUGCCUAAACUCUUCUUCUCCGAGUGGAGCAGUUCUUCAGAUCCACACAUUAAUUACUCUUCAGACUUUACAAAUUCCAUGCACACUAAUCAAGCUCAAAAUCGAAUUGAAGAGGCGAUGAUCAGCAACAGCUACCCUUCACUUGAGGAUGAUGCCAUGUUCCGUACAGAGUUUCAACAGCCUCCUCAUCAUGAGUAUGAAAAUUAUUAUACUUCUGAGGAUUUCUUCAUCAACAGCGACGUAAAUUACAUCUAAAGGUAACGUAAAUCAAGAAGAAGGAUACGAAUUUAUAUGAUUGUUAGAAGAAAACAAUCAAGUUACUUGCGUUAUAAGGCACAAUCAAGAAACCAUUUCUGAAUUCUUAGAAAAAUAUGAACAAAGAAAAGUUCUUCUGGGAAAAGCUUGUAUUUUUGUUCAUAUCUCGUUUUAGUUGUUUUAUUUUCACGACAAUCUGUAUAUACAAAUAGAAUAAUUAUUCGUAUAUGGCAGUGUUAUUAAUUUGGUUCAUGUCUUUUUCUUUG